AUGUCUGAACACGGGAAGAAAACCACAAAGCUUCUCCUUGUGCCAAAGAAAACCAGAUCAGCCAAGGCUGGUCUGCAGUUCCCUGUGGGUCGUGUCUACAAGCUCCUUAAAAGAGGGAACUACGCUGACAGGAUCGGUCUCGGCGCUGCCAUCUACCUGGCUGCAGUGCUGGAGUACCUGAGUGCGGAGAUCCUGGAGCUGGCAGGGAACGCUGCACGGGAAAACAAGAAAGCCAGGAUCCUACCUAGGCACAUCCAGCUUGCUGUGAGAAACGAUGAUGAGCUGAACAAGGUCUUCUCCUGCGUGACCAUCGCUCAAGGAGGGGUAUUACCUAAUGUUCUUCCUGAACUUCUUCCUAAGAAGACCCUCUCACUUAAACUGCCUCACAAAUACGUCCAGUCACAGGAGUUCUAG